UCAGCACUUCCGGAGUACUACGUGGCAUUGCCUACGUGGUACUUCCAGCCAUUUACGUAACGACAAAUUUUCGCGGUAGGGACAUUAUCAUUCACUUUUGAUGGGUGACUGGAAGACAAUGAGUGAUCCACAUUGUGUUGUGACUAUCUUGUAUUUUGCGGGCAGUAGUAUCACAUGGCAACGUCACAUGACACUCUGGGAGUACCCAAUAAUUGGCCUUUGGAAAGGGCACAGCGGCUACCCAGCCAACUCCUAUCUGUUUCCCUUUCAAAAAACCAACGCCACUCCCUUCUUGCUAUAAAUAGUAACCGAGAAAAUGCCCAGAGCGGUUAUGAGCUGAUGAGAAAACCUUUGUCAGUAGUUCAUAAAUUCAAAUAAAUCAAAAACCCAGGUCAUCUUCUUACUACAUUCGAAAACGUAACAAAACCAACUUCAACAAAUUGCCCAGAAUUCCAGUAACACUCACGAGAACAUUACUACUAUUUCCAGUCCUCCGAGCCAAAAAUGCUUUUCUAAGACUAGGAAAUGAUUCACUCGGCUUGCCUGCCAGACCGAUACAUACCUUACUCAUAUGCUAUAUAUAUCAUUAAAACCCUGUCCGAGUUCAUGUGAUCUGGCUAAUUAUUACUGCAAAAUGGUGAAGAGUGGUGCAACAGCUUUGGUCAUUUCAUUGGUUGUCAUGGCACAUGUGGUGGCGGCCCUCGGGUGCAUUGAUCUCGGCCCAUCCAUGGUCCAAUGUUCCCUAUAUGCUACAGGCGUGGUGCGUGAGCCGUCUCUCGCAUGCUGCAACGAGCUGAGACGGCUCAGUGGUAGGGCGCAAACCACGAUUGACCGGAGACGAAUAUGCUUUUGCUACAAGCAGCUUGUCCCUCAGUACCCUAAUUUCAGGGAUGCUGCGCUCGCUGCACUUCCUAGGUUAUGUGGUGUUUCCAUGCCCUUCUUAGUUUCUAGGAACAUUGACUGCAGCAAGAUUCCAUAGAGAGGUGCAGUACUGAAGAUAUAUACUCCAGUAUCUAUGAAGGGAACAUGAAGGACAGAAUGUUCGUGUGGACUGGGAUAUAUAUAUCAAUAAUAACGGGACCUCAUUUUGCGUGGAUGGUCCAGACCCGCUCAUGCUUUGCUAGCCUUUUGAAUAAACCACUGCAUGCUUUCUUGCUUCACAAUUU